UGUUACUACAGAUAGUGGAAGGAGUUUGCACCGACCUGCCGCUUUGCUGCACCUAUGAGCCUCCACGUUAAUGAGUAGCCGCGGCCCGCGCCAGACAAACGAGACGAGAGUAUGCGGAGAUAAAGCGCGUCUGUCCCGAUAAUGGCAUGCGGUGGUUCCCCCGCGGAGGACUUCCCGGACAAAGUGAUGCCCAGAGCUGCGCCCUGCACGUGCAGCAAGAAGUGCAGGGGUCGGAGCGGCAGUGUCGUCUUCCUGGGAUUAUUCCUGCUGUCGCUGUGUCUCCACGCUGUCACCCUCGUCUGCUAUUUGGACCUGCGCUCCGAAGUCAAAAGGGAAAUUAUCCACCAGAAGCGGGACUCCAUGUUGACACUAGCGGGGAGUGACCUGGCUGACCCGGCUGCGGUGCUCUCGCCCGGACACCCGCGACUGGACCCCGGCGGCGGCAGCGGCAGCCGCGGCGGAGAGGGUCAUGAGGAGAAGUUACUGCACAGAAAUGGCGACUUUCAUGCCACAGAGGACAGCAGGGGCAUAACUCAGCGAGCGAAAAGGAGUCCCGGCAAGCAGCCAGAAACAGAAUCAACUGGAAGGGAAAGAGGACAGAAAGGGAAGAAAAAAGGGAGAAAACGUUCUGUGCCAGGCCCCCCCGGCCCCCCUGGGCCCCCGGGACCACAGGGGCCACCGGGUAUCCCUGGAAUCCCUGGUAUUCCAGGAAGCAAUGCUGUGGGGCCUGCAGGACCCCCUGGACCCCCUGGGCCACAGGGACCUCCAGGCAGUCAAGGUCCAGCAGGGGUUCCAGACAAGACGAAAACAAAGGAAUUCCAGCCUGCAGUGGUUCAUUUGCAAGGGCAGGAGACAACCAUCCAAGUGAGAGAAGAUCUCUCUGAAGGCAUCCUUAGGAACUGGAAGAUGGUGUCCAUCCAUCACCGCGUGUUCAAAAUGCACUCUCGCUCUGGAGAGCUGGAGGUGCUGCUGGACGGUGUCUACUUCAUAUAUAGUCAGGUAGAAGUGUACUACCUCAACUUCACCGACAUUGCCAGCUAUGAGGUGAUGGUGGACUCCAACCCGUUCCUCCGCUGCACCUGCAGUAUCGAGACGGGCCAGCGCAAGUUCAACACCUGCUACACGGCUGGCGUGAGCCUGCUGCGCGCCGGCCAGAGGAUCUCCAUACGUAUAGUCUAUGAGGACACACUCAUAAGCAUGACCAACCACACCACCUUCCUGGGAAGUGUCAGACUUGGAGAGGCUCCAUCUGCUGGACAGAACUGAUAACUGCACAACACGGCAGCCCUUCUGCAGAAAGGAGAAGUUGGAUCAGUUGCAACCAACUUGUAGCCCCUGUUUUAAAGGAAACCCUCUGGAUUAUUAAAGUUGAGGGAGCCCCCUAGUGACUUUGGUUCACUUUCACAGCUCUGUGUUAAAAAGGACGACAUGGACUGUUAAUGCUUCCCCCUCACAUUGAUUGUGUGCAAAGAGAUCAGCCUUGAUGAGCCUCAUCGAACAAAAGUUUCUAUUUAUAGUCACAAUAUUGUGUCAACACAGAUGGCAUCUCUCUUUAUAACAAGGAAGGACACUGCGCUGACAUAUACUUAAUAGUUACAUAUUUUGAAGUGCUGUUGAAUGAUAAUCUUGUACCUCCAAAAACUCCGGCCAUUCACAAUGUUUCCUUUGCAGCUGUUGGCCUUUUUUUUUUAUUAAUUUAAUAAUAUUAACAGUUAUAAAUCAGUGGUUUAAAGCUCCUUAUGCCCCAUGGUUAUAAAAGAUCAUAUAAAUGUUCAAAACAAGUAUAAAGUUAUCUAUGCAAAGCAAAAUCCACUAAAACUGGAGUUAUAAGGUAUUCACAGAGCGACAGCACUAUAUAUUUUGCGCACAUUUGCACUACAGCAUCCCUGCAGAAUACCAGUGAUAUGUUUUGUUACAGUGCUAUUGUUUAGUUACCGUAUGAAUGAAUCCAUGUGGAAAAAUGAUAGUUGUUUAUACGUCUAUGUACAUAUUGUAUAUAAAAUGGGAUAUACUUUUGUAAAUGGAGUUGAUUGAUGGAUUAAAAUGUUUCAUUUUCUGUCUAAACCCA